AUGUUGCAGUUUCUCAACUCUGGGCACACAACUAGCAAGGGCUUCAUUUUUAUUUCGAGAGCUUGGUUUUUCCUAUUUUGUUGCACAAAGCAAAAGUUAAAAAAAAAUGUGGGGUGUUUAAAAAGUUAUGUCAAAGUGGUACAGUUUCCAUUGUCAUGUCUCAAACUAACUGCAAGGUGCUCAGAUGGCCAUCUAAUGGGUAAAACGGUGUUACAAUUAGCUUUAGAGAUCGGUUCGAAGGAGGUUAGAAGAAAAAAGCGUAGAAAAUCGUUCGAACCGUUUUCCGAAGCAAAAAACAUAAAAGUACUGCAACAAUAAAAAAAAAUGGUUUCAUUAUAAUCGAAAAGUUGAAAUGGAUUUGUCUUACGAAAAGUAAGAUGAAAAAAGAUUAUUUGAAAUCGACAAAUUGUUUUCAUGGUUGACUCAUUUGUCAAGCUGUAAGACAAAAAGAAACAAACAUAAAAGGCAAGAAUAAAUAUGAACAUCCUAAGACGCAACGUUUUACAGUCCGAAAUUAAACGAAAAAUUAAGUCUUAAAGGAAUGUAAAAUGUUGCAAAGAAGGUAACGUUUUACGCGCCUUAACAAGUCUAAGAAAAAAAAUAAAUUGGUAAAUUUCGUAAAACUGGUGAAAUGUUAUACGAACUUUUCAA